AUGACGAAGGCGGAAGACACUCGGCCUCACCUCGCGGGGCCAUUGAAUUCCAUCGGUCACGCGCCUUUCGUGCAGCCAUCCUCGUACCUUCGCCCUCCAAUGUCCUCCCAAUCUGAGAGACCAAUUGAUGUUGAAGAGCGACAAGGCCUGCGUGCCAUUCGCAAUUUCCUCAAAGUGCGCACCAGUUACGAUGUCCUUCCCUUGAGUUUUCGCCUGAUCAUUUUCGAUACCGGACUAUCCGUCAAGGAGAGCUUGAAUAUCCUCAUUCAAAAUGGCAAGUCGAUGCUUUCCCCCGCCAUCGUUCCCCUUUCUCGAUGGGGGUGCGACGAUCUUCUCCGAUCGUGGAAUGUGUUGGAAGAGGGCAAUAAGCUGACGGUCAAGCAUUGUUGGAUACCCACAGGCAUCGUUUCCGCUCCACUGUGGGAUUCCAAGGCGUCAAAGUUCGCUGGACUUUUAACCACCUCCGACUACAUCAAUGUCAUUCAGUAUUACUUUCAGAAUCCGGCCGCACUCGACCAGAUUGAUCAGUUCCGGCUGGAUAGUCUGCGAGAGGUGGAAAAGGCUCUAGGUGUCGCCCCUCCGGAGACCAUCUCAAUUGAUCCCGAGCGUCCUCUCUACGAAGCCUGCCGACGCAUGUUGGAGUCGCGUGCACGCCGUAUUCCCCUGGUCACCAACGACAGCCAGACCGAUCGAUCGCACGUCCUCAGCGUCAUCACUCAGUACCGUAUUCUCAAGUUUGUGGCCGUCAAUGUCGGUGAUACUCAGAAGCUUCGUCGCCCGUUGGGGGAAUUGCUGCUCGGUACAUACAACAAUAUUGCAACGGCAUCGAUGGACACCCCCGUCAUCGAUGUGAUUCACAUCCUUGUGGAGCGCAGCAUCUCCAGUGUACCAAUUUUGAACUCCGAGGGUGUGGUGUACAACGUUUUCGAGGCCGUUGAUGUGAUUGCUCUGAUUCGUGGUGGCGUCUACGAUGAUCUCAGCUUGACUGUUGGAGAAGUGCUGAAGAAGCGUUCGCCGGAAUUCCCUGGCAUCUACACAUGUUCUUUAAAUGAUGGACUGGACACCAUUUUUGACACCAUCCGCAAGUCUCGGGUGCACCGUCUUGUGGUUGUGGAUGAGCACUUCAAAUUGAAAGGAGUCCUCACUUUGAGUGAUAUUCUCCACUACAUUCUCCUCGAGGGAGAGACUGACGAAGUAUGA